UUCGAAUUUAUAAAGGGAUAUAUUUUUUACUAUUGAAUUUUUGAAUUUUUUUUGGAAUAAAUGGGGUUUCUCAUGUUGAAAUUCUGAAUUCUUAUUGGGGGCAAUCUGACAUUGCAGUUUGUGAUCUUGGUUUAUAAGAAAUGGGGGGCAAUCGAGAUCACGGAUGUGUGUGUGUGUGUGUGUGUGUGUGUAUUACAAGUAGUAAGGUUUGGUAUUUUGUUUAUGUCCAUCUUGUUUUUAAAUAAGCUGUUGAUUAUUUUAUAUAGUUAAGAGAAGCAUUCAGUAGCAGAAAAACCAUGUGAUUUUUGUGGGUUUUGGAGGUUACUUUCUGCUUCUGACUGGCUAGAUAAUAGAUUUUUGGUUAUAUUUUGAACUAAACCCAAUCCCCGUGGCAUUCUAUUAAUGGAUUGCUGGUGUAUGGUGGUUAUGUAAUCUUACAUUAUAUAGUUAAUGUAGAGUUUUGGAAUUUUUAAGAAUCUUUGAUUACAGUUCAAGUGUUUGCUUUGAGUGGUUUGGACAUUUUAGGUCUGCAAAAUGAUUAGACAUGAUUUGGAAUCAAUAAAGUUUCGUUUUUUUGGCCUUUCAAUUUCAAAAUUCUCUAAAAUUUAAAUGCUAAUAUCUGAGUCAUAAUUAUUGCUUCUCUGGGCUCUCUAAUGAGACCUUGAUUUGAUCCAAAAGUUCCGUCUUAGUUGUUCCUUUUUAACUCUGAGCUUUCUGCCGUGACUGAUUCUGGCGUCUGAAUUAAAGUUCAUGAUUUGGUGCUCCAAUUCUCAAAGAGGAAACUAUACAAGUAAUGGCUAUCUUAAAGUGUCCUGCAAUGGUGGCUUGAAUCAAAUGCGAUCUGCGAUAUGUGACAUGGUGGCUGUUGCCAGGCUUUUGAAUCUCACUUUGGUUGUCCCGGAACUUGAUAAAACAUCUUUCUGGGCUGACAACAGGUAUUUUUUCUGUUCUUGGCAUGCUAUCAUAUUUUUUUCCUUUUUGCAGUUCUGUAAUAUUAACUGUACAAAUUCUUUCUGCAGUACUUUUGAGGAAAUAUUUGAUGUGAAGCAUUUCAUUGACUCACUAAGAGAUGAAGUUCGGAUUGUCAGAAGGCUUCCAAAGAGAUUUAAUAGAAAAUAUCGAUACAGAGUAUUCGAGAUGCCUCCAGUCAGUUGGUCACAGGAAAAAUACUACCUGCAACAGAUACUGCCACUUUUCAGUAAGCGAAAGGUGUUGCACUUCAAUAAAACAGAUACGCGUUUGGCAAACAAUGGGAUUUCAAUUGAUCUUCAGAAAGUCAGGUGUCGUGUUAAUUUUCAGGCACUGAAAUUCACUCCUGAAAUUGAAUCUUUGGGGUACAAAUUGGUUCGCAUUCUACAGGAAAGGGGGCCUUUUGUGGCUUUGCAUCUGCGAUAUGAGAUGGACAUGUUGGCUUUCUCAGGUUGUACUCAUGGCUGCACCAAGGAAGAAGCUAAGGAGCUCAAGCGCUUAAGGUAUGCAUACCCUUGGUGGAGAGAGAAAGAAAUAGUGUCCAAGGAGAGAAGAUCACAAGGUUUAUGCCCAUUGACACCUGAGGAGACAGCAUUGAUUUUGCUGGCAUUGGGUUUUGACAAGGACACACAAAUAUAUAUUGCAGCUGGUGAGAUAUACGGCAGUGAACGGAGACUUGCGGUCCUAAGAGCUGCAUAUCCGAGGAUUGUGAGAAAGGAAAUGCUAUUAGAUCCAGGGGAGCUGCAGCAAUUCCAGAACCAUUCAUCUCAAAUGGCUGCUCUCGAUUUCAUGGUCUCAAUAGCCAGUGACACUUUCAUUCCCACCUAUUAUGGAAACAUGGCAAAAGUUGUGGAAGGUCACCGCAGGUAUCGUGGGUUUAAAAAGACAAUCCUUCUAGACCGUAAAAGACUUGUAGAGUUGCUGGAUUUGCAUCAGAAUGGGACACUCUCAUGGAAUGAAUUUGCAGUUGCUGUUGGAUCGGCACAUGAGAAGAGGAUGGGACAGCCAACUCGACGUAGGGUUAUUGCAGAUAAACCAAAAGAGGAAGAUUAUUUUUAUGCAAACCCUCAAGAGUGCCUUUGUGAGGGAGCAAAUUGUGAUGAUUUAUUAGGACCUGGUAACUCAAGUUCAAUUCGGUGACUGCAACAAAACCAAGCAGAUUGAGAUGGUGUUCCACUUAAUUUUUCUUAAAGCAGUGUGGUGCACAUAUCAUGUGGCUUUCAUGGCUGGACUCCCUAAUCGGCUCAACGUAUACACACCUACCUUAAAGAUUUGUAAGGAACGACAGAACAGAACCUUUGAGUGCCCAUUCUGGCUAUCAAAGUCACUCGCUCUUCAAUUUUUUUUCCCUGUUGAUAUAUUUAUUCAUUUCUUUUCCAGCCGAAAGUUUGUUCAGGAAUGCCACAUGAUCCCACAGUUAAAAAUUUACGACGGUAGUCUUUACUCUGAUGCAAUGCUUUGUUUGCUGCAGAACUCUGUUUGUGAGCUAACAGAAACAAUGACAAUUAUAGACCCAGGAAAACGGUGAAGAAAGAUUGUAAAUGAAAGAAAUGGAUCAUUUUCUUUCCUAA